AAUUCUGACGCAUUUUCACGCACCCGCUGUUGGGCUCUGGCCAGCCUGGAAACUCCAUACGGGUUCGAAACGUUUGCCGAAUUGUUCGGUCGAACCACUGCGAUCGGAAAUCGUGAAAUAGUUUGCCUUUUGGCACAGUUUUAAACGUUUUCAGUUUUCAGUUUUUUGGGUGCAUUUGUUACGGGCAAAAAAAACCAUUGCUGUGAGUUACAUGUUUUACCCGCAGAUUCAAACAAAAAACCAAGUAAAACAAAGUGUUCCCAGUACAGUGGAAAUAGUUAAAAGUGAUUAAGAUUUGCUGGUAGUUUGCAAAAAAAAAACCAACCGCGUGUAAGGCGUGAUUGAGAAGUGGUGUGAAGCAAGUUGACAACAACAAAAAAAAAAAAAAAACCUCAACCGACGAAUACGAAACCACUUUGCGGGGCGAGUUGAUCUUUCGGUUGGUGCGUCGAGUGCAGGAAGGGCCAAGAGUUGGAGACGCUCGCAGAACGCUCGCUUCGUAAGAUCCAGCCGAGUGCGCCAGCAGUCAAAGAUCGCGUUCCACGGCGCAGAACCUCGCGGGCGCGACGAAGAUGUUGCUUCCGGGCCAUGUGGUGGCGCUGCAUGUGACGACGUGCGGCCAGAGCGGGGCCGGGCUCGGCUCGGACGAGAAGGAGGUCGUACUGCUGAUUUACGUAAUCAUCGAUGUGCAGUCAAAUAAUAUAAUUGGCGCAAAGCAGUAUCUAGUCCGGCCAGCACAUUCGACGUUCCGCACCGAGUCAACGAGCAGCAGCAGCAGCAUCACCAGCACCAAUGGCACCACCAGCAGCAUCGGCGCUAUUGCCGGCACGCCCAGCAGUGUAUCCGGCAGCAUCACCAGUAGCAACAUUAUUACCUGCGGUAACACCACGCCGACAGCAACAACCGAAGGGUCCACCGAGCUCGUGGCCGUCGCGGGGACCACGAUUGGAGUUGAUUCCCCAUCGGGCAGCUCGACAGCGGCGACGAGUGUCGUGCAGGCGCCGCCACCACCACCGGAAUGUGCAAUAACGCAGGAGAUACCGGCCAUCGAGACGCUGGUGCAGACCAACGGGCGUCCCCUGGAGGAAGUAAUCCAACAGUUUGACGAGUACACCAAGUCGCUCAACCUGGACCCACACAGUCCCAGCUUUCGGGUCAUCACCGACGGCCAGCUACCGCUCCGGCAGUGUCUCCAUCCCGAAGCGAGUGCCAAAGAUAUCGACCUGCCACAGUACUACUGGCGGUUUUGCGACCUGCGCAAGGAGUUCGUGCGCUUCAAGGCCGGCGACCUGUCGCGCGCCCUGGUCCCGCUGGCCGAAGCCCAGAAGCUCCAGUCCAUGCCAAAUCUACCGCCGGUACCGGCCUCCAUCGCUGACAUCAUCCAAGAUCUGGAUCUACAAGCUUGCCAGGACAAUAAUGAAUUCUACGUUAGGGAAGCACGUGACAUGGUGACGGUUGUCCAGCACAUGAUCACAUUAGGUCACAAAUUUGAGAACAACGAAGUUAUAAAUCUCAACCUGGAACCUGGUAUAUGCUCGAUCGACGACGAAAUAGAUGGAACGUGCAUAGUGCGUGCGCGUGGACUGCCGUGGCAGAGCAGCGAUCAGGAUAUAGCGAAAUUCUUCCGCGGGCUUAAUGUGGCCAAGGGUGGUGUAGCCCUCUGCCUAUCGCCACAAGGACGCCGAAACGGAGAAGCAUUGGUACGGUUUGUGUCUCAGGAACAUCGGGACAUGGCGCUCAAACGACACAAGCAUCACAUCGGAAACCGGUACAUUGAGGUGUACCGGGCAAAUGGGGAAGAUUUUUUGGCCGUCGCCGGAGGCGCCUCGAACGAAGCGCAGGCCUUCCUGUCGAAGGGUGCACAGGUUAUCAUACGGAUGCGCGGUCUACCGUACGAUUGCACCGCGAAGCAAGUGCUCGACUUCUUCGCGAACGGCGAGAAUAGCUGCAAUGUGCUGGACGGGUCGGAUGGGAUACUGUUUGUGAAGAAACCGGACGGCCGGGCGACGGGCGAUGCCUUCGUGCUGUUCGAGCAGGAAUCGGACGCCUCCAAGGCACUGUCGAAGCACCGGGAAUCGAUCGGGCAGCGGUACAUUGAGCUGUUUCGCUCGACCACCGCCGAAGUACAGCAGGUGCUGAACCGGUCCAUGGAUCCGAAGACUUAUGAGCCACCGCAACCCCCGCUGAUUGCGCAGUUACCGCAGAUGCAGGUGCAAUUGUUGCCCCAGCACGUCAUUACCAGCGGUACGGAGAAGAACUGCAUCCGGUUACGGGGACUUCCGUACGAGGCGAAGGUGGAACACAUACUGCACUUCCUGGACGAUUUCGCCAACAACAUCGUCUACCAGGGCGUACAUCUGGUGUACAAUGCUCAGGGACAGUUCAAUGGUGAAGCGUUUAUUCAGAUGGAAUCGGAGGCCGCCGCGUAUCAGUCGGCCCAACAGAAGCACCACAAGAACAUGAUGUUCGGCAAGAAGCAGCGUUACAUCGAGGUGUUCCAGUGCUCGGGCGACGACAUGAACAUGGUCCUCAAUGGGGGCUUCCAGCAGCCGGCCAGCCUGUCGAAAUCGUCGCUCCUUUCACCGGGGGGUACAAUAGUUGGUGGCCCGUUCGGUGGAUACGCUCCUUUCGGGCAUCCCUCGGCUGCCGUGCUGCCACCACCAAGACAUGCCGCCUUCUACCCGCAACCGAUUCUCUACUGGGGUUACCCGAGCCCACCGGUAUCCCCUACUACUUACUAUGGCACGACAGCGGCAGCACCACCACCCCCACCGCCGCACCAUCUUGCUCCGGCGCAUCAAACUGCCGGAAUGCCCGGACACAAUCAUGCUCAAGCAACUAUGCUCACACUGGGUGCCGACCAACGUGGACACCAGCAGCAGCGCUCCAAUCAAACGAUAUCGCUUGUGACCGCUCCCCCAAGGAUCACCGGGACGGCCGGAUCGUCAAGCGGUGAAUCGUCGACAUCUCAAUCCUCUUCGCCUCCGUUGCUCUCACCGACGGGUUCGGUUGCCACAUCCGGUGGCUCUAGCAGUGGAUCCGUCUCUGGGACUUCUCCCAACAGCUCCAGCAGCAGCAACAGCAGCAGCAGUAGCAGCACCAACACCAACACAACCAACCUGCAGCGCCAAAACGGUGUGACCCACAUUCGCACGUCUCCACCGCCCUUGCUUAGUCUGCCACUUGCCGCUGCAAGCACAUCUCAACCGCUGGCGAUUCCCGGUGUAACGACGCCGACCGGUGCCGGGCUCGCCGGUACCUACCCCGGGUCACAACUGUCCCCGAUUCAGACCAUACCACCACCAACCGCGGUUCACUUUCAGCAUGCACCCUUGAUCGGUGCCACCACUCCGCCGGGGACAGGCGCUGCGGCGGCCUACUAUGAACAUCCGCAUCUGCCACAUCCUUCCCACCACCACCAUCAUCAUCAUCACCCGGGACAUCUUGCCCCGCACCAUCAUCAUCACCAUCACCAUCACCACGACAAGCUAGUAACGACGACGCCGAGCAUUUUAACGCCAUCAUUGAUCCCGAACCAGUACGUUGAAUUGUUCAUAGUUUAAAGCGAUGCGGCAUCGUUGCUUGUUUUCAGUCGCACUCGAAACAUUCCUGUUUACUUUAUUACUGGAUAGUGUUUAGCAAAAGAAAAAAAAAACAUUAGUCUCUAAAAUGCUGUAGUUUAAGGGUGCAGUUCGACCCUCAGCUCCGCACUACUCGAAAGUUAAGCUCAUCGAUCGACAACGAUCUUUACCAUACCAUAUCGCUGAUCAUUUGAAUCGGUUGAUGACAACGUGCUUAAAAAGAUCACUUCUUCAUAUACACACGUCCUUUGGCCACGUGCUUACAUCUUAAUCCAACCAAGCAAAGUAAAUCAAAGUUAGCCAUGUAAGGAAGCACAGAUACACAUACACAAACUCACAUGCGUCUGUAUGUUUCGAAGAGCAAUGUUUCGAACUACAUAGUUGUACAUGUAACGGUUAUGUUAACUUAUGUAAGCGUUUUAGUUGGGAACGAUCAGCGGCCUGCCAGAAACCGUGUCCUGUCGGCAGAUACGGUUCGAAGUGUGGAGGGUGGAUACUUCCCAUUUGCUCAAAAGAACGCUCAAGUAAAACACCACCGUGGGAUGGAUGGCAAGAGAAGAGUAAAGGCUGAUUGUAUGACCUUCUACACCGCAAAUGUGAAUAGCUGUAGCUGGCGUAUACUGAUGUUCGAAGGUUAUUCUAUCGGAGGAGAGGUGUUCGUAGACGCAAUGCAACAGGUGUGCAAUAAGGCGAUCGAUCGAGAUGAUCGGAUGAGUGGUUGUCGUAGCGAAAGCAAGCAAAGCAUUGCUUAAAAGAAUAUAUACUAGAUUGUAUAGUGGUUAGCUUUAUUUUGUAAUUUAUUCGUUAAAGUUUGUGUUUGUGUUUUUACCAUGCAGAGCAUCGCUGUAGUUUUGUUAUCGAGGACCGCCUAUUCUAAUUGUUUCUUUUGUUUGAUUUACCGGUUACACAUUGUUAUCGUCAUUCCAUGCACCAUUAUUCCAAGUAACAAAAUUCCUAGAAAGCCGUUAGGAUAUUAUUGACAAAAAUAACACAACACUUAGCGUUGAAUAUUGAUAUGCAUAUAUUCUUUUCCAUUAAUAAGUGUUGAAAACGCGCAACUGUUGACUUUGUACCGUAUGAAAUAUUAUUUUCUUCAUUGAUUGUUCGUUCCAACAAACGAAUUUGUUAACAGUUACGGUUGUGUAUGAAGCAGAUCGAAAAAUUACAUCAAUGUUGAAAAGGACUCGUGCAGUUUGACUGCGCAGCAUAGAGUACUUAUAGUUAUCAAACACAAAAGAUACUUAGAAAAACAUUGCUCGUUCAAACGAGAUUAGCUCAUAUGGAUUUCCUACAUCGAGUUUUUUUGUUUUUAUAAGAACUAAUAUGGGGGAGUUUUACGACACUCUUCGUGCAACAAUCAUGUUCGUUGCAGUGUAACACUCUCCAUAUUCACAAAUUGAUAUUCCGCCACAACCAUCCUAUAUCCCGUCUUCCAAGUGUUCCUUUCGCAAAGAAGCAAAGAGUUUCUCGAUUUAGGCAAAAGACAAGCGAGCAUUUAUGGAUAUUGUUGGCCAAUUAUAUUGCCGUGCGAGAAGUUUUAUAAUAUAUACUUUAAAUCCUGUAAGGAGCUCUAAUAUGCAGCAAACUCGAAAGAGAAAGGAAGCCUAUCGUAGCACAUAGGCGGAAGCUUCCUGUUGGUACGAACGGAAACCAAAUGGCGUAAAUGCAACAAUGUUAUGCUUGGGACACCAUAUUUGGGUGACGAGAACAGGCUUCAUCUGAACAUUUGCUCAAAAACGUUGAACGUGAUCGAAUUGUGCUUGUGUUGUGAGGAACCAAACCUAGUUGGAAAUGGAUUUCAAAGCGUGCAGCACGAGUAAAACAAGAUAGAGUGGAAUUGGUAGAGUUAUGCAUCAACAGAAAAAUACCAUGAGCGGGCUCAGAUGGAAACCGCGUGUUUAUAGUAAGGUUAUAAUAUAGCGAUUUAAAAACAAUUAAAAAAAAAAUAAACGCAAUAAAA